AUGACAUGGCUAGAGGCGGCCUGGAGCAUCACGGUCGCCGCGGCAGUCGUAUGCUCUGCCGUCACCUUCAUCCUCAUCUGGUUCCUACCGACGGCCUACUCCAACUUCCAUCCGCAACAUGUCAAUGAGGCCGACUUUCCCGACGACGCCAAGGAGAGCCCUGAGAAGUCUGGAUACGGCUACUACCAGAGGCACAAAGACGGAGACGGCAAACUCCAGAUCGACGCCAGCGUGCAAAUCGUUGUGCUGGGAGACAUUGGCCGGAGUCCAAGAAUGCAGUACCACGCCUUAAGCCUUGCCUCACAUGGCGGCAAAGUCGACAUCAUCGGCUAUACGGGCGCGGAAGUGCAUCCGGACAUUGCACAGGAUCGCCUCAUCACCAUCGUCCCCCUCAGACCCUUCCCACAGCAACUCCAAACGAACAGCAAACUCCUCUUCCUCCUCCUGGCCCCGAUCAAGGUCCUCUACCAGAUCUGGAGCCUCUACCACACCCUAGCCUACCGCACCACGGCCGCGAAAUGGAUGCUGAUCCAGAACCCCCCUUCGAUCCCCACCCUCGCCAUCUGCCAGACCAUCUGCUUCCUGCGCAACACCCGCCUCGUCAUCGACUGGCACAACUUUGGCUAUUCCAUCCUCGCCCUCCGCCUCGGCCCCACGCACCCCUUCGUCCGGAUCUCCCAGUGGUACGAGGCCUUCUUCUCCGCCCACGGCGUCUUCGCCCACCUCUGCGUCACAAACGCCAUGGCCCGCGUCCUGAAAUCCACAUGGAAAAUCGAAACCGCCCUGCUCCCCCUCCACGACCGACCGGCGGAUAUCUACCAACCCACGACUUCCCCCCAGCAGCGCGCGGAGAUCUUGCACCGACUCCCGGGAACGGCCACAUAUGCCGAAGAGAUCCUCCAGGGGAAAUGUCGCCUGCUCGUCUCGUCCACGUCCUGGACCCCGGAUGAAGACUUUUCCAUCCUCCUCGACGCGCUGGUUGAAUACUCCACCGCCGUCGCCACCACCACUAGUACAACCCUCUCCGCCGACUCGGAAGAAAUCCCCUCCCUCCCCAACAUCGUCGCGAUCAUCACCGGCCGCGGCCCGCAGAGAGCCCACUACCUGCAGAAAAUCUCGCAAUUGACGCAAUCCCAGAAACUGCAACACGUCGUCGUCACGACCGCCUGGCUCUCCCCGUCGGACUACGCCGCCCUGCUCUCCGUCGCAGACCUCGGCGUCUCCCUACAUACUUCCUCCUCCGGCGUGGAUCUGCCCAUGAAAGUCGUCGACAUGUUCGGCACGGGGCUGCCCGUGGCGGGGUGGAGUCGAUACGAAGCGUGGCCGGAAUUAGUACAGGAAGGCAAGAAUGGACGGGGAUUCGGGAGUGCCGAGGAGUUGGCGCGGAUCUUGGAGGAGCUGUUCGGAGGGGAUGGGGAGACGUUGAAGAGAUUGAGAGAGGGGGCGAUGUUGGAGUGUCAGAGGCGAUGGAACGAUGAAUGGAUGCCCGUGGCGGGGAAAUUGUUCCAGCUGAAGCCUUGA